CCGGGCGGCCUUCGAAGAGCUCCACAGCGAGGCGAGGCUAAUCAAUCGCUGAAGCUGAGGCGCUCGGACGGGGCGGGAUCACGAGCUCUGCGCUCGGCACGAUCUUGGCGCCACCGCCGCCGAGCAGAAAUUGCCGCUUUCUUUCUCGAGGCUCAGCGGGAAGCUUUCCCUGGGGGCGUCGCGGGUCUAAGGGUGGCUAUGGCGGAACCCGCAGAGAAGCUUUACCGGGCCGAAUACGCCAAGAGCGGCCGGGCUUCCUGCAAGAAAUGCAAGGAAAACAUCGCCAAGGACUCGCUCCGCCUGGCCAUCAUGGUGCAGUCCCCUAUGUUUGAUGGCAAAGUACCUCAUUGGCACCACUAUUCUUGCUUCUGGAAACAAGCUCAGCUGCUGUCCCAUGCUGAUCUGGAGGGCUUCUCAGAACUGCGUUGGGAAGACCAGGAAAAAAUUAAAAAACACAUAGAAGGUGGAGGAGCUGCAGCAGGCAAAGGUGGCGGCCAAGAAGGAGGUGGCAAAUGUGAAAAAAUCUUAAAUGAUUUUGCAGCAGAAUAUGCAAAGUCCAAUAGAAGUACUUGCAAAGGUUGUGAACAAAAGAUAGAAAAGGGUCAGAUCAGAAUCUCAAAGAAAAUGGUGCUUGCUCAAAAGCCACAGCUGGGGAUGAUAGACAAUUGGUACCAUCUUGCCUGUUUCAGUAGCCGCAGAACAGAUCUGGGGUUUCUUCCCACCUUUAAUGCCUCUCAGAUCCAGGGCUUUGAGCUCCUGAAGGCAGAAGACAAAGAAACUCUAAAGAUGCAGCUACCCUCUGUCAAGAAUGAAGGAAAGAGAAAAGGAGAUGAGGUGGAUGCAAAUGUGAUCUCAAAAAAGAGACCCAAGAAAGAGAAAGAAAAAUUAUCAAAACAGGAAAAGCUGCUAAAGGAUCAGACAGAACUGAUUUGGAAUAUCAAAGAUGACUUGAAGAGAGCCUGUUCUACCAAUGACUUGAAGGAGCUCCUGAUAGCCAACAAGCAAAAAGUUCCUUCCGGGGAAGCUGCUAUCUUGGACUGUGUUGCAGAUGGGAUGGCUUUUGGAGCUCUGCUUCCCUGUGAAGAGUGCAAAGGACAGUUUGUGUUCAAGAACAAUGCCUAUUAUUGCACAGGGUAUAUUACAGCUUGGACCAAAUGUGUUGCCAAGACACAGAUGCCCAACAGGAAAGAAUGGACAAUCCCAAAGAAAUUCCGGGAGAUCCCUUACCUAAAGAAAUUCAAAUUUAAAAAGCGGGAUAGAGCAUUAUCGCCAGAGGCUGCUUCUACAAAUUCUGUACCACCUUCAGCAGUUUCUGAUCCUAUUACAGAGAAUUCAGCUACACCAGCAGAUAAGCCAUUAAACAACAUGAAGAUAAUAGUCCUUGGGAAAUUGUCGAAGACCAAGGAUGAAAUUAAAUCUAUCAUUGAAGAACUUGGGGGAAAGGUGACAGUGACUGUGAAUAAAGCUGACUUGUGCAUCAGCUCUCAAAAGGAAGUUGAGAAAAUGAACAAAAAAAUGGAAGAAGUAAAGAAAGCCCAUUUGUGUGUGGUGUCGGAGGACUUCCUCCAGGAUAUAAAAAGCUCCAGCAAGGGUUUUCAGGAGCUUCGGUCACUGCAUGCGGUGUCUCCCUGGGGUACAGAAGUAAAGCAGGAACACAAAGAAGUAUCUGUGAGUGGAAAAUCCAGUGGACACGCAAACCUGAAAAAUUCUGGGAAGAACAAGGAAGAGCAAGGAACAAGCAAGUCUGAGAAGAAAAUGAAGUUGACAGUUAAAGGAGGGGCUGCUGUCGAUCCUGAUUCAGGUCUGGAAGAUUCUGCACAUGUUUUUGAAAAAAGUGGAAAAAUCUUCAGUGCCACUUUGGGUCUAGUUGAUAUUGUCCAAGGAACAAAUUCUUAUUACAAACUUCAACUGCUAGAGGAUGACAGAGAGACCAGGUACUGGGUUUUUCGCUCAUGGGGUCGUGUUGGCACAUCAAUUGGAAGUAAUAAGCUAGAGAAGAUGCCUUCUAAAGAAGAAGCCGUUGAACAUUUUCUAGAUCUGUAUGAAGAGAAAACAGGCAAUUCCUGGCAUUCCCCAAAUUUCACCAAAUAUCCCAAAAAAUUCUACCCUUUGGAGAUCGACUAUGGUCAGGAUGAAGAAGCAGUCAAGAAACUGACAGUGAGUGCAGGAACCAAGUCAAAGCUUCCAAAGGCUGUCCAAGAUCUUAUUAAGAUGAUUUUUGAUAUAGAAAGUAUGAAGAAAGCCAUGGUGGAGUUUGAGAUUGAUCUCCAGAAGAUGCCAUUGGGGAAGUUAAGUGAGAGGCAGAUACAGAGCGCAUACUCGAUCCUGAGUGAAGUGCAACAGGCAGUUUCUGAUGGUGGCACAGAUUCACAGAUAUUAGAUCUCUCCAAUCGCUUCUACACUCUAAUUCCCCAUGACUUUGGGAUGAAGAAGCCUCCACUUCUAAACAACCUUGACUACAUUAAGACUAAAGUGGAAAUGCUGGAUAAUCUGCUUGACAUAGAGGUCGCUUAUAGCCUUCUAAGAAGUGGUGGUCAGGAUGGGGAUAAAGAUCCAAUAGAUGUGAACUAUGAGAAGCUCAAAACCAAUAUUCAGGUAGUAGAUAAGGAUUCAGAAGAAGCCAAGAUUAUAAAACAAUAUGUUAAGAACACCCAUGCAAGUACCCACAAUGCAUAUGAUUUGAAAGUUAUGGAGAUUUUCAAGAUUGAACGUGAUGGAGAAUAUCAACGUUAUGAACCCUUCAGGGACUUACACAAUCGCCAGUUGCUCUGGCAUGGUUCUCGCACUACCAAUUUUGCUGGUAUCUUGUCACAGGGUCUCCGAAUAGCUCCACCUGAAGCCCCAGUGACUGGCUAUAUGUUUGGCAAGGGUAUCUACUUCGCAGAUAUGGUGUCCAAAAGUGCCAACUAUUGUCACACCUCUCAAAUUGAUCCUGUAGGCCUAGUCUUGCUGGGAGAAGUUGCUCUUGGAAACAUGUUUGAAUUGAAAAAUGCUUCCCAUAUAACCAAGCUACCAAAAGGCAAGCACAGCGUCAAAGGUUUGGGCAAAACAGCCCCAGAUCCCACAUCCACUGCUUCUCUUGAUGGUGCAGAUGUUCCUUUAGGAAAAGGAAUUCCAUCUGGAAUAAGCAAUACUUCUCUUAUGUAUAAUGAAUACAUUGUCUAUGAUAUUGCUCAGGUGAAACUGAAGUAUCUGCUGAAAUUAAAGUUCAACUAUAAGACAACUCUUUGGUGAAGAUCAGCUUCUUCAAAUUAAUAAUACAAAUGUUUUUGAACUCCUCCUUUAUUUUAUUUUUUGAUAAAUACACAAGAUUAGAUGAAAAAUGCUGAGCAAUUUUGUAUUUGUGCUUCUCUCCCCCCCUCCCCCUUCUCCCUUCCCCUCUUGGCUUAAUCUAGUUUGGACAUAUUGUACAUCUUUAACUAACAACAAUCUCCCAUUCCCCAAAAAGGGAGGGGAAGUCAGUAACCCUUGAAUUAAACUUUUAGUAUAAGAGACAGGGGAGAUAGAUUUAGAAUUGUUUACACACUUUUUUCUUCUUUUCCAAAUCUUCCUUAAUUUGUAUUCUGAAUAAAUGUUAAUGUGUUUAUUUUGAAGUAAAAAAUAAAAGCUACUU